CCGAGCCGUAUUGAAAGGCGGGUUGGCUGUGCGCGCGCGCGAGAGAGGGAGCUUCGGCAAAAUAGGUCCGGCUGGAAAGCGAAGCCCCCUAGGCGUUCGGUUCCGCGCGCGUCGUCGGGAUGGGGGCGGUGGACUGCCAUUGCCACCUCGCCGCGCCCGAGUUCCGAGGGGUGAGUGGGCGGCGCGGCGCGGUUUCCACCCUGCGGUUGGCCGCCGCUUAUAAUUCCUUCUCCCUCUCAUCUCAUAAGAGUUUCCCUAGGUGAGAUCGAGGACCCAUCUGGUCCAGCGACCCAUUUCUUACGGUUUCCUACGGUGGCUAACCCCUAUAAUAAUAAUAAUUUUAUCAUUUAUACCCCGCCCCUCUGGCUUGGUUUCCCCAGCUACUCGGGGCGGCUUCCAGCAGAAUAUAAAAACAUAAUAAAAUGUCAAAAACUUCCAGAAUAUCUUUGGCGAUCACUCGUAGCCGAGUAAGAUUGUCUUCCAUAAACGCGGUUUUAACAAUGAGUCCGUAAGUGACUGUGGAGGCCAAUUCUGGAUCCAUACGUCCUUCCACAGUGGGGACAUACCGGUAGGUUUCCCGGUGGGAGUUGAACACGGUGUGGAUUUGCCAAGCGUGCCUUCCUCUUAGCACGUUUCUCCCUUUCGUCCUGAGUUCGAGUGUCUUCAAAGUCCAUGACACCUUUGGAAAACGCUGUUCUCCAACUGGAGCGCUCGCAGGCCAGUGUUUCCCAGUUGUCGGUGUUUAUACUACAUUUUUUUAGAUUUGCCUUGAGACGGUCUUUCACCCUCUUUUGUUGACCAAUAUAAAAGCAUAAUAAAACACCAAACGUUACAAACUUCCCUAUACACAUGCAUAAAGUCACAUGCUAUCUACUACUAGCUUCCUUCAGUAUGAAUUACUUAAUGUCUGACAUUAAUAAAACAUAUUUCUUUUCCAGAUUGAAAGCAGUAUUUGUUUACCAAGUAAAGCUACAAUUAACAUGCCUCCUCCCCGGGGAGGAUGUGCAGGUGAAAUAGCUCAGUUGGUAGAGCACGAGACAUUCAGGGUCGUGGUUUCGAGCCCCUUGGGGCCUUCCAGCUUUGAUUCUAUGAAAAGCCCCCUCUCCUCCUGCAGUUAUUCAUCCCAGCAAGAGCUUGCAGUUGGGGACAUCUGAAUUUACUUCAGUCCCCGUGUGAAAGGGGAUAGAAGUCUCCAGCGCUGAUCAGUAAAAAUGUAAACUGCUCAUCUAUGGUCCCAUAUAACAUAAAACCGGCGGGGGGGAUCAUUUUACUUUUGCAAAAUGCACGUGCAUUUGUUUGCCCUUAUCUGUACCUGAAUAUAUGAAUUGAAAAGGAAAAACACUUUAAUGAGUAGUUGUAGUAGUAAUAGCUUUCCUUCUGUUUGAAAGAAGGGACAGUGGUGGUUUAAAUAAGUAACGUUUGACAACUUUUAGGUGCAAAGAGUUAUUGAAAAAGAAAGGACACAUUUGCCAUUUCUACUGCUUUCUCCCCUUCUUUACAAAUUAUUCUGCUAGCAUAAUUAUAUUUUUAAUAUCUUCUAGGACAUUGAAAGUGUAUUGGAAGAAGCAAAAAAGGUUUGUAGUUAUAUCUAUAUAUUUUUUGCAGUUAAAGUUUUAUAGGUAGUAGAUCUAUAGAUUUUGAUAGCUCAAGGGCUUAGUUUGUAUACUAAGGUAAAUUAACUUAAGGAAGUUAAUUGAAGGAAAGUUGUCUGUCCCCACCUCUCUUCUGCAAUCCUCUGCACCCCCUGAAAUCAUCUCUGAAUGAUCAGGACCCCUCCUGAGCAACAGGGAAUGAGUUGCUGGGGAAAGAAGAUUCUACCAAAAUCGAGUUUGGAGCCUAAGAUAAGUAAGGAAGUUCAUGGAGCCCCCCAGCAGCCCCCACACUCCAUCCCACAUUGUUCAGGAAGCUCCCCUCCCUUUCUGGAAAGGCUUUUUGAGGGGUUUCAGGUACCUGUAGCAGUUAUGAAGGGGAUGGAAAACUUUUCUUCCAUGAACUUCCUUGAGUUAACUUCUCCUAAAGGCCAAGCCAUUUUAAGGUAAACUAAGAAACAGGAAGGUAGAUAUGGGAAAUACAGGAAAUAUAGGAAGGAAGAUAUGGCAAAAUCAGUAAUUUCAAACAGAUGUGUUUAUGAUCAGAUUGUAAGACUUCUCAUUGUUGUUGUCAACUCUAGCUAACAUUUUUCCACGUUGUUUCAGUGUAAAGUUUUGGCUCUGGUGGUAGUUGCUGAAUACACAGAAGAUUUUGAAAAAAUUAUUCAACUUUCAGAAAGGUAACGAAGUUUCUAGUUCUUCAGUCUGUUUCACAAGGUAGAAAAUAGUUACAGGCUAGAAUCCAAAAAGAUGAACAACUUGUUCAGCACAUCCAGAUACUUUGGAUUUUGCUUCUCAUAUGACAGUUCUGUCAUGCUGCAUGGUAACUGUUUUUGGUUUAAGUCAAAAUUACAUUGUGAGAUGAUGAUAAUUUUAUUAUUUGUACCCCACCCAUCUGACCGGGUUUCUCCAGACACUCUGGGCAGCUUUCAACAGAUAUAAAAACAUAGUAAAACAUCAACCAUUAAAAACUUCCCUAAACAGGCCUGCCUUCUGAUGUCUUCUAAAAGUCAGAUAGUUGUUUAUUUCCUUGACAUCUGAUGGGAGGGCGUUCCACAGGGUGGGCGCCACUACCGAGAAGGCCACCUGCCUGGUUCCCUGCAACUUCACUUCUCACAGUGAAAGAAAUGCCAGAAGGCCGUUGGAGCUGGACCUCAGUGCCUGGGCUGAACAAUGGGGGUGGAGACACUCCUUCAGAGCUUGUCACUAUCUCAUAAAAUAAACGUCUUCCGGUAUUGUUUUAUGUGAAAGAUGUUAUAGUAAAUAAAACAAUGGUGCUUUAAGAGACAUUCACGGUCAGAGUGCAAAAUUUGAAAAUGCUAUUGUUCAUAAGCAAUCAAAAUAGGAGCAAUAAAAUCUUAGUUGUAGUGUUGAUUGGAAUAGCAAAAGCUGUUACCUUUUCAGUCCUCUUUCUUUUUAUUUAACCAUAAUACAUGUCUGCCCUUUCCCAUUACUUAACACAUGUUUGUAUCCAGGUACCCAGGAUUUGUCUUUCCAUGUCUGGGCAUCCAUCCAGUUCAAAGUAGUCCAACGGGAAACGAUCGCAGUGUUUCAUUAAAGGUGAAAUGGCAACCAGUUACAAUUGUAGCAGUUAACAAUUUCUGUACUGUUUUUCAGUUUGCCAGGUAAACUUAUCUGUUCCUAUUGCAUGUGGUCUUGCAGCAAUAGAGUGGUCACUAUUUUUGUAUACUGAGCCCCUUCUUCCCUGUCUCCUGCUCUCCCAGAGCAAACUAGAGGUAUCCUCAAAGGAGUAUCAGAAAGAAAAUAAAAAUUGGUGCUAGGCAAAAUAACUUCCCAUCCUUUUUUAGGCGUCUAAGCAAGAUCUACAACUUAGCUCUCAUCAAAGGAGGUUCACAUAAUUCCAAGGUAGAUGCAUGACAAGCUUACUUCAGAGCAGGGAUGUGUUGUCAAGAGGUGAUUUUCAAUAGUACCUUGGAGAGCAAACAAGACAUGCUUUUCAAAAGUCUGGCUAGAGGUGAUGGAGUGUAGUUCAGCAGCAUCUGGAGGGGGGAGCACAGGUUCCCUAUAAUAAUUUUCAUCGAGGAAACUAGUGUAGGGUACAGUCCAGAUAGGAAGCAUGCUCCAGGUGGGGGCCUGUACCUGUGUCUUCAAAAUAAAAGUAACCAACCUGAAGCAUCCUAGUGUGAUUAACGGUGCACAUAGCCUGCCUCUUAAUCAUGGAUGGGGAAUCUGUAGUCUUUCAGGUGUAACAAAAUAAAAAAAUUCCUUCCAGUAUCACCUUAGAGACCAACUAUUGGUAUGAGCUUUCGUGUGCAUGCACACUUCUUCAGAUACCACACGAAAGCUCAUACCAAUAACAAACUUAGUUGGUCUCUAAAGUGCUACUGGAAGGAACUUUUUAAUUUGUUUCGACUAUGGCAGACCAACACGGCUACCUACCUGUAACUCUUUCAGGUGUAGUUAGGCUCUAGCUCCCCACAGCCUCAGCUACCAUAGUCUGUGGCCAAGGGUGCUGAGUAUUAUAGUGCAGCCACAUCUGUGGGUAGGUGUAGGGGACAGGUUCGCUGUCCCUGCUCUUAAGUAAACUUACAAUGUGUUUAGCUUGGAAUGUGCAGCUGAAAUCCCAUUAUCCUUCACCAUUGGGUGUUUGGGCUGUGAGUCCAACAACAACCGGAGGGGGCCAUAUUGACUAUCCCUGCCUUAAAUUUAUAUGCCACAACCCAGAUUACGGAGUUUGUCAGGCUGACGUCGCAGACCUAACUUAAACAGGUCAAGGAAAAGGCACUGCGUACAGCAAAAUAGCAUUGCUUUAGCAAUACAGAAUUGCAAUUAGCAAAGAACAAAACUAUGAUCCAAGAAAGAUGUGUUAAAACAUCUGUGGUGUCUUACUUAAAUACUGUAGGCCCACAGCUUGCAUGGGGGUUACGUUCCAGGGAUCAUGCCUAAAUCCCAAAUGGUCCAAAACCCAUUGGGUUCAAUGGUGGGUGGGAUUGCCAAAGUCAUUUUCCCCAGAACCCCGCCCCCUUUAAAAAAAUUAUUUAAUUGCCACACAUAUAAAGCUGAAUGCACACAAGUUAAAUGUACACAAGUUGCAGGAAUGUAUGAGGAAAAGUGGGUUAUAAAAUAGGAAUAGGAGAGAGAAACAGUGGUGGGAGGUGAAGCAGACAUCUGAGUCCACUGUAAUUGUUUGAGGCCUAAGUGUUCAUUUCACACUUACACAAGAUCUUUGUGCAGGAUCUGGACGAAGCAUUGCCACUCAUAGAACUCUAUAAGGACCGCUUGUUGGCUAUCGGAGAAGUAAGUAGAAUCUUUAUAGCCUUUGGUAAUCAGCUGCCAAAAGCACUGGGCAGCACAACCCUAAAUGUUUUUACUUGCAGGUCCCUAGGAUUACAGCUACACAGCACAAUCCUCUGCAUGUUUACCCAAAAGUAAGUCCCGCUAUGCUCAGUACGGCUUAUUCUCAGGUAAGUGUGCAUAGGACUUCAACCUUAGGCUACACUCCUAUGCACAUGUAAACUGGGAGUAAAUCCAAUUGAAAUCAGUGGGACUUAUUUCUAAUUAGGCACUUAGAGGAUUGUGUUGGCGGUUCACAAAACAAUGUGAAAUGCUUGUUGUGUAGAUAUUUGCAUGACGAAAAACCCCACAUGUAAUUUGCUGAGUAUAGAACAUGUUCUGGGAAGCUGUGAUGGGCUAUAGCAGGCUUCCUCAUCCUCGGCCCUCUGGAUGUUUUUGGCCUACAAUUCCCAUGACCCCUAGCUAGCAGGACCAGUGGUCAGGGAUGAUGGGAAUUGUAGUCUCAAAACAUCUGGAGGGCUAAGGUUGAGGAAGCCUGAGCUAUAGUGUUCCAGGAAGUGUGCACACACUGAAAUAAUGUAUAUCUGUGUCCAUCCUAUAUAAUUAUGUUUCAUAUAAGGAUAUAAAUAAUUAAAAUAAAUAUUUUUAACAUAUGUUAUACAUGUUGUUUCUUAUACCACCCAUAUAUGCAGUUGUCACAUGCGAUGAUCUGCAUGUGAGUGGCACAGUUUUUCAUACAAGGGAAAUAUUUUUGAUGUAGAAAUUGUGUCAUGUCAGAAAUAGCCCUUUAAACUUUAAGCAAGUUCUUGGCUUUUUUCACAAGUCAAUAUAUUGGACUGCUGAUUAAAUGCUUGAUUAAGGACCUUGGGUGUUUCACAAAAAUAGCAGGUCUUCAAUAAUACAUUUCUUGUUAAGUGUAAACUGCUUUAGGAGACUUUGGGGUCGAGUUUGCUUUUAUUAUUGCUCCUAGCUGAGUGCAUUUUGUGCUGAUAGACAAAGUAAAACAACAAUUUCUAGCAGUGUUUUUGAAUUCCCGCCUCCCAUUUUUCCUGCAGGUUGGUCUGGAUUUCACUCCCAGAUUUGCAAGCACUGACGAGCAGAAGGAAGGGCAAAGACAAGUCUUGAUCAAGCAGAUACAGCUGGCAAAACAACUCAAUUUGCCUUUGUAGGUCUUGUGUAUGUUGCAAGAGAGACAAUUAGUUUUAUUUUUGUGAAUGAAAACGUCAUUUGACGUGAUUGGAAUUCAGUUGCUAAUUAAACCAGAGCAUUGUCUAAAAUGCAGUGGUCUAAUUAAAAUUAUUACUGCAGUUUAUUGUAUUAUCUAUUCCUCGUAUUAAUAGAGGAAGUGAUUUUGCUGUAUUUUCAGGGUUACAGGCUGUGUUGCUGUAUAAUCUUUGCAUAGUUCUUUUGAGAUGUUUCCAGGCACUUUGCAAGAACUCUUCCUACCUAUUUUGCUUUAAGCAGCAAUUCAGUGGACCAUCAAAGUGCAAUUUAUUUGUUUACAUAAUUUUAAUAGUCCUGUUCUGAAGGCUUGGGGUAGAUAAAAACAGAGUUAAAAAAUGUAACUUGAUUCACGCUUAAUCGCAUAAAAAAUGCUAAAACUCCACCCAGGGAAGUGGUUUAUCCGGCCAUGAAAACCCAGCCCACAGUUUUGCUAACAACUCCUGCGGAUAUCUUUUGUUCUUCUUAUUUAUCCUAGAAAUGUCCAUUCCCGCUCAGCUGGAAGGCCAACCAUUAACCUCUUAAAGGAACAAGGUAUAAUGUUUUGUUUUAUUUACAUUCAUUCGGUUUGUUUAGUUUUCUUGCCAAAAUACACAGGGCCUAUUCACUGUGGGGGACAGUCAGGUUUUUCCCCUUUGGAUGUUAGACCAGAAACAAGAAGCGGACCUGAAAUAGGAUCAUAGAAUUGUAGAGUUGGAAGUCCAUGCAUGACUAUGCAGAUGUCCCAUACAGGGAUCAAACCUGCAACCUUGACGUUAUCAGCACCACACUCUAACCAACUGAGCUAUUCAGGCUCAGCCAAUAUUACACAUCUGUUUUGGCAUAAGAUCCAGAGCCUUCUCAAUCAGAGGCACAAGCAUAGGUUUUUGAAGGCCCUGGGCACUAUAUUUUAGAAGGAAGUUAUCUUUAGGUGAUGGUAUUAUUAUUAUUAUUAUUGUUGUUGUUGUUGUUGUUGUUGUUGUUGUUGUUGUUGUUGUUAAUACUAUUAUUUGACUUACUAGUUGCUUACUCCAAAAAGGUCUGUAAGCAACUGGCAAAGGCUUAAGAGAUGAAGACAUAGCAUAAAACUAGGGGGAAAUGCAAUAAAGCCAUCACAGUGACCCAGCAAAUAGCAGAAACAUCAUCAGCAGAAAACAUUUCAUCAAUAAGCAGCAGGACACAGUCGGUCAAAUGCCUCGGAGAGGAUAUACAUUUUUACCACAGGCCGAAAGGGUGCUAAUGGUGUUGGCAGGCAGACCUCGAAAGCAUUCCACAAGCUGAGAGCCACAACUAAAAGUGCCCUCUCUCUUAUUGCCACCUGUGGCGUUUGCCCGUUCUUUUGAAAAUGUCUGUACAGGGGGAGAGAAAGAGUUAAUAGGUAGACCAAUAGAAAAGCCAGAGGGCUGUUUAUAAAAGGGCUUAGCCCAAGGUUUAGACAGUUGAUUAGUUGGUUGGUUGGGAAAAGGCAUUUGGGAAAGCAGUUGGCAGACAGAUGGAAAUAGAGAGACAGUUAGUGCAGUUGGUUCUUGUGUGAGGGGAGGUAGAAGAGUUAGAGACAGAAUAAAAUAAGACUAAUAGGAUAAAGGGUAACAGCGUUUCGAAUGCAUUUAAAGUUUAUUUGUGUUUGCAAUAAACUACAAUCUUCAUUGUUAACUUAAUAACCUGACUGAGACUAAGUGAUUUACCGGGGAGGACCUGGUUGGUGGCAGCAGAUUAGUGGUGUAUGGGUCAAUAGUCCGUGAGACGACCGGGGGCUCUGUACGAAUGCCACACCACCCUCUGAAGGGGCACCUAGAGGAGGGCCUCAGAUGAAGAUAGAAGGGUUUGGGUAGGUUUAUAUUGGGGGCGAUGCCCUGAAAGAUAUCGGAGUCCUAGGCCGUACAGGGCUUUGCAGAUCAACACCUGUUCUGCAAAAACGUGCUGGCAGCCAGUGCAGCUGGACCUGCCAGCAGUCAGCUGGCUGCAUUUUGGGGUUUGGGUCAGAGUCAUGCCAGGCAAGUCAGGAGAUCACACAGCCAAAUAUAACAUUACUAUAUUGUAAAGGGAUAUAAACCCGUUCACAGAGACGCAUUCCACAAGUGCGCCUCUAGCUUUUUCUAUAGCCCUGUGGAUCUUUGGAUCACAUUCCCUGCCUGGUCUGCGCUUUGAUGUUUCUACAGGAAGCAAAAGUUCUUUUCCUGAUUUCUGUCGUUCUCCUUAGGUGCUGAAAGGGUGCUGCUCCAUGCGUUUGAUGGCAAGCCGUCAGUGGCAAUGGAAGGGGUGAAGGCUGGGUAUUUUUUCUCCAUUCCUCCGUCUAUUAUAAGGAGUGAACAGGUGAGAGUCAAGAAGUCCUGGCUUCUGGCUAUAAGGUUCUUUGUUCAUAUCUCAAAUCUGGUGCAUGGAGCCAGAAGGAUUUUCCACCUCUGCUUUAGCUGAUUGAUUUCUUUAACCUGUAGGAGAUGAGGACACUUAUUUUUGAAGCUAUUUUGGUUCUCCUGCCACUGAAAAUAAGGAAUGGAAAAGAAGACAUUAACAACUGCUUCCAAUUAUUGGCAAUAUACAAUUUAAUAAACAAUUUUUUCCCCACUGUCCUCAGAAAAAGCAUUUGUAUUCAAGCUUUGGCAGUAUUAAUAUUUAAUUAUUUGGGUAAACUAAACACUUAUUUAAUCUGUGGACAGUUCAGCUUUUUAAAUGUUUAUUUUGGCUGCUUGGAGAAUGAUGAUGCUAAUUGGUUUCCUUAUUUUGUUCAAGAAGCAGAAACUGGUGAAACAGUUGCCCCUAGAAAACAUUUGCUUAGAAACUGACUCUCCUGCGCUUGGCCCUGAGAAACAGGUAAAGUAUCAUAGAAUCGUAGAAUUGUAGAGUUGGAAGGGACCCUGAGGGUCAUCUAGUUCAGCCCCAGAACGCAGGAAUCUCAGCUAAGCACCCAUGACAGAUGGCCAGCCAACUUUUGCAACACAGUUUAUGAGCACAAUCCUGUUUGGGAAGAAGUGGCUUGAGAUGCCGAGUGAUGGUGUGGCAAAACAACUACAGUUGGGAGGAGAUCUCAAGAGGUCUUGACAGUGUUGGGAAAGGGCUGGGUAGAGUAAAUGGAGGCUUGAGUGCAAUAGGCUGACCUACUGGGCCUCAACCUCUGUAAAGGGCUCAGUCAUGAAUAUCAUAAAAGGGUCAGUUUCAAAGGUGGAUAAAAAGAAUGGUGCCGUUAAUAAGAGCCAGAGCACAACAAGGUAGCCCAGUCGGUAGAGCAUGGGACUUUUAAUAUCAGAGUCAUGGGUUCAAGCCCCACGUAGGGCAAAAGAUUUCUGCAUUUCAGGGGUUGGUCUGGAUGCCCCUUUAAUGCUGUAUUGUUUUUAAUACUCAAUUGGGAGCCGCCCAGAGUGGCUGGGGAAACUCAGCUAGAUGGGUGGGGUAUAAAUAAUAAAUUAUUAUUAUUAUUAUUAUUAUUAUUAGUAUUAUUAUCCCUUCCAACUCUACGAUUGUACGAGGAUUUGAACCUAAACAGAAACUGAGUUGGCCAUAGAUGUCACUGGAGACCAAUGUCACUUAUUUGUAUUUCAGGUGAGAAAUGAACCAAAGAACAUCUUCAUUGCUGCAGAAUACAUUGCUAAAAUAAAAGGGAUUUCAGUGGAAGAAGUUAUAGGCAUAACAACCCAGAAUGCACAGAAACUGUUUCCCAAACUGAAUAACUUUCUCUGAAUAUAACUAAUGUUCUGCUGUGCCUUAAUAUAUUUGUGUGAACUGGCUUCAAUAUAUUCAUAACUUCACAAUUUUUAAGAAGUUAUGAUGUUCCCUAUUGAUUAUGUCUGUAAAUUGAACCAAAUAUAGAAUGAUGCUAUGUACAAACUCUCCUUAAUUUGACAUUGGCACUUUCCUAAUAAAAGGACCAUAACCAUUGCGUGU